AUGUCUCCUCGUAACGGAGAAGCAGCAGCAGCAGCAGAAGCAGCAGCAGCAGAAGGAGAAGCACCAGCAGCAGCAGUGAAAAUGGAGCAGGAAGGAGACACGCAGCUGCAGCAGCAAACUGGGGAGAAGGAGGAGCAGCAGCCGCAGCACCAGCAGCACCAGCAGCUGCAGCAACAGCAGCUGCAACAGCAGCAGCUGCAGCAACAGCAGCUGCAGCAGCAGCAGCUGCUGCUGCAGGAACAGCAGCUGCAGCAUCAGCAGAUGCAGCAACAGCACCAGCAGCAGCAGCAGCACCAGCACCAGCUGCAGCAGCAGCAGCAACAGGAGCUGCAGCAGCAGCAGCAACAGGAGCUGCAGCAGCAGCAGCUGCAGCAACAGCAGCUGCAGCAUCAGCAGAUGCAGCAACAGCACCAGCAGCAGCAGCAGCAGCAGCACCAGCAGCAGCAGCAGCAGCAACAGGAGCUGCAGCAGCAGCAACAACAGGAGCUGCAGCAGCAGCAGCAGCAGCAACAGCCGCAGCAGGAGCAGCAGGCGCAGCAAAGGCAGCGGAAGCACGAAGAGAAACCGAAGGAGCAGCAGGAGCAGCAGCAGAAGCGGAGAAAGCAAAAGCACAAGCAGCAGCAGCAGCAACAGCAGCAGCUGCAGCAAGAGCAGCAGCAGCAGCAGCAGGUAAGCCUGGAGGACAAGGGACAGCAUCAGCAGCAGCAAAAGCAGCACAGGACGAAGCAGCGAAAGCAGCAAACGCAGCAGCAGCAGCAGCAGCAGCAGCAGCAGCAGCAGCAGCAAAAGCAUCAAAGGAAAAAGGCGCAGCGUGAUUCGGCUCAGCAGCAGCAAAGGCCGCAGCAGCAGCAGCGGCAGCAGCAGCGAAAGAAGCCCCAGCAGCAGCAGAAAGCAGCGCAGCAGAAGCAACAGACGAGGAAGCGGCGAAAGCAGCAGCAGCAGCAGCAGCAGCAGCAGCAACAGCAGCAGCAGCAGCAGCAGCAGCAGCACGCCGCAGAGCAGCAGCAGCUGCAAGCAGAGCAGCAACCAGAGCAAACAGGUCAGCAGCUGCAGCAGCGAACCGAAGAGCAGCAGCAGCAGCAGCAGCAGCAGCAAGAGCACCCUGAAAAGGGGGAUGGGAGGAAAGGAAAGAAGAAACAGCAGCAGCAGCAGCAGCAGCAGCAGCAGCAGCAAAAGCAACGGAAGAGACGUAGGAGAGAGAAUGAGGAGCAGCAGCAGCAGCAGCAACGGAAGAAGCGUAAAGGGGACAAGGAGCAGCAGCAGCAGCAGCAGCAACGGAAAAAGCGAAAAGGAGAUGAGCAGCAGCAGCAGCAGCAGCAGCAACGGAAAAAGCGAAAGGGAGACGAGCAGCAGCAGCAGCAGCAGCAGCAGCGAAGCAAGAAAAGUAAGGGGGCCAAGGAGCAGCAGCAGCAGCAGCAACGCAAGAAAAGCAAGGGAAAAAAGGAGCAGCAGCAGCAGCAGCAGCGGCAACGGAAGAAAAGUAAGGGGGACAAGGAGCAGCAGCAGCAGCAGCAGCAGCAGCAGCAGCAGCAGCAACGCAAGAAAAGUAAAGGAGACAAAGAGCAGCAGCAGCAGCAGCAGCAGCAACGGCAAAAGAAGCAAAAGGGAAUCAAGCAGCAGCAGCGAGGGCGGAAGCGAAAGCAGCGCCCUGUCGAGGAAGAGCAGCAGCAGCAGCAGCAGCAGCAGCAGCAGCAGCAGGAGACGGGGGAAGCAGCAGCAGCACAAGGGAAGAAGCAGCUUAAUCCAAAGCGAGAGCAGCAACAGCAGCAGCAGCAGCAGAAGCAGCAGCAGAAGCAGCAGCUGCUGGCUCUCUCCGAGCUGCAGCAGCAGCUGCGGUGCCUCAAGGGCCUCCGCUUCUUGCAGCCAGCAGCUCUUGCUGCUGCAGCACCUGCCUUGCUGCUGCAGCCGCUGCUGCUGCCUACCGAGGAGCAGCAGCAGCAGCAGCAGCAGCAGCAGCAGCAGCGAAAGUGGGACCAGAGCAGGCAGUUAGAAUGUCACAGUGCUGCUGCAGAUAACAGCAGCAGCAGCAGCAGCAGCAAUGUUCUCUGCAGCCGCUGCUGCUGCAGCAGCACGUGGAUUGCUGCUGUUCCUGCGGCUGCGAUCCCCAGAGGGUUUGCAUUUGCUGCAGUCACUGUAAUGCUUGAGGACCAGCAGCAGCAGCAGCAGCAGCAGCAGCAACUGCAGCAGCAGCAGCAGCAGCAACUGCAGCAGCAGCAGCAGCAGCAGCAACUGCAGGAGCAGCCGCAGCAGCAGCAGCAGCAGCAGCAACUGCAGCAGCAGCAGCAGCAACUGCAGCAGCAGCAGCAGCAGCGGCAACUGCAGCAGCAGCAGCAACUGCAACAAGAAGAAGAGCAGCUGCUGCUGAAGACACCUGUGCUGCUGAUUGGGAGAGGAACUCGUGACUGCUGCACCUUUGAGGUAAGAUGCUGCUUUUGCUGCUGCUGCUGCUGCAGUUGCUGCUGCUGCAGUUGCUGCUGCUAG